AUGCGUCCUACGGAGCCCUCUGAACCACCAGACCGCCGGCACUCCCGAACUAAUUCCCGUACCAAUUCCUUUCAUGAAGACGCUUUGGCUAUUACACCUUCCCGCCCCAACGAAUUUCCGCCUGAUCCGGACACGAUUCUGUAUGGCAGUUACGCCCCACCGUCGUCUAUCGAAGAGGAGGGUGAAUUUGAAGUUGAAAGGCCUGCAGCAGAUGAAGAUGUUAUACCAGAGGCGAAUCAUAAUGGCAUUCAAAUUGACGAGGAGGAGGAGGAGGACGAAGAUGAUGAAGAAGAGGAACUAGUGAAGCCAGGGAAAGUAUUGGGAAACAUGCUUCGCGGUAAGGCUGCCGCAAGGCUACCUCAGCGCGCUGCAGCGAUGGCCAGCCGUACGACUCGCAAUGGACCCGGAUAUGGAACACUGGCGACCAGCGUUACCUAUGAUCAGAUUCCCGUCCCAUUGUAUGAUCAAGAGUACGAAGUCGACGAAGAAGUUCGUAUUUUUAUUUCUGGUCAUCGAUGGUCUCGACCAAAGAUGUAUAUUUACUACACCCUCUGCAUCUUGACUGGCGGCGUGCUGUGGCUUCUGUGUCGAUGGUUCCCGCGGUGGGAAUUGGCUUUGAGAACUGCUCGCUGUCCGCUGUCUGAAGCGUCUAUUGUCGCAGUAAAAAACCAAUGGAAUCAAUUACAAGUUGUUCCUGUGAAGAGGGAACCAUUUGCUGGUGCUGUAGCGGAUGUUUUCCAAAAGAGCGGCGUCUCAAAGGAAGGACAUGCGGACAACGGAGAAGAUACGCACAACUUGCGUGACUGGAAGCUUCCUUACUUGAUAAAGUUUGAAUACCGCUAUGUGCAAUUUAUAUUUAACCCGUUUACCGGCCAGUACGAGCCGAAUUUGUACUGGCGGGACUACCGAUGGACCUCAGUGGACAGAGUUGUGAAGGGUCUGUACAAUGACGACCUCGUCGAGCAACGUAAAAAGAUUUUUGGACAGAAUGCCGUUGAAAUCAAGGAGAAGCCUAUUUUCCGCCUUCUCAUGGAUGAGGUUUUGCACCCAUUCUACGUAUUCCAAGUUGCGAGUAUUAUUCUUUGGUCUUUGGACGAUUAUUACUUCUACGCUGCCUGUAUCUUCAUUAUUUCGACCACUUCCGCCAUGGCAACCCUUUUUGAGACACGGGAAACGAUGCGUCGCAUGCGAGAGUUGAGUCGCUUCAGCUGCGAGGUAAGAGUUUUACGGCAAGGCCAAUGGCGUGUUAUGCGGUCCGAGGAAAUUGUACCUGGGGAUGUGUAUGAAGUAUCUUCAAGCAUGCUGCAAGUUUAUCCAUGUGACGGGGUCCUUCUCGAUGGUGACUGUAUUGUCAACGAGAGCAUGCUCACCGGUGAGAGUGUCCCUGUGUCGAAAACUCCUAUCAAAGACGUUGAGCUCCGCACGCUGGAUAUCUGGGAAGAGGAUCCUGCCAGCAGCAGUCGCAUGUCCCGAUUCUUCCUCUUUGCCGGUACCAAAAUUAUUCGAGUGCGACCGGGCAGUCGGUCAGGUACCGCCACUCCUGUUGGCCCUGACCCCUCUUUGCAAUAUGGUCAAGCAGGGGCAUUGGCGUUAGCGGUUCGGACGGGGUUUAACACCACAAAGGGCAGCCUGGUGCGCUCGAUGCUAUUCCCUAAACCGAACAGUUUCAAGUUCUACAGGGACUCUUUCCGCUUCAUCGGCGUAUUGGCAAUUAUCGCAGGACUUGGAUUCAUAGGAUCAUUCUACAACUUCGUUGUGCUAGGCGUAGCAGGAACAAUGAUUUUGAUUAGAGCCUUGGAUCUGAUCACAAUUGUGGUACCGCCAGCUCUACCCGCGACAAUGGCUAUCGGAACGAGUUUCGCUAUAGGACGGUUACGCAAAGGGGACGUGUAUUGCACUAGUCCUCCUAGAGUCAACAUAUGCGGAAAGCUGGAUCUUAUGGCAUUUGACAAAACGGGAACCUUAACGGAAGAAGGGCUCGAUGUCCUUGGAUUUCGCUUUACAGUUCCCAGUAACGUUAUUGCGGACACCCCCGUCGAAGCCGUAGCCGUGUUGGAAGGUCCGCUGAGAUUUUCCGCCUUGUACAGAAGCGUUGAUGCUGUUAUACCACCUGGAGCUUUACACAUUCAAGGUGAAGCCUCUCCAGCCGAGUGGGUCCCACCUAUUGAGAAUGGCGGAAUGUAUGAUCCACCGUCACGUGCACUUUCCGGGUUGUCAGUGUCUUUGGGAGUGAUUCCCGGUCAUCCCAAUGGCUCAGAACCGGAUUUUCCGUAUCCUCUCAUUGUGUGUGCUAUGUCAACAUGCCAUUCCAUCAAAGUAGUCAAUGGAGAGUUGAUCGGUGACCCGAUGGACGUGAAAAUGUUUGAGUUUACUGGCUGGCACAUUGAAGAAGGGGGAAGUGCUGGAGGGCGCAAAAGCGGAAGCGCGACCCCUGAAAGAGGGGCACUGCCGCGCAAAGGGCCGGAUGAGAAAGCUGUGGCAGUUAUUGUGCGACCGCCCGAUCCAGUGGAGUUCAAACGUGCAGAGUGGGGUUUGACCGGUAAACCUAAACCGGAGCGUAAGGUGUACACUGAGCUCGGAAUCAUCCGAUCAUUCGAAUUUGUCAGUGGACUACGUCGGAUGUCUGUCAUCGUUCGUCGGCUCCGGUUUCUUCAAGGUUUCAUGUUCCCCUCUCAGUCUGGGUUUGGAUUACAUGAUGGGUUUGCAGAGAACGGCCCAGUAUUGGCCGGAGAAAAGGAGUUUGAAGUCUUCGUUAAGGGUGCACCAGAAGUUAUGCGGGCUAUCUGCUUGCCAGAAUCGCUACCAGCCGACUAUGAGCAGCAGCUGAACGACUAUGCCCACCACGGUUACCGUGUCAUAGCUUGCGCAUGGCGACGAAUUGAGGGCAUCAGUUACCACAAGGUCAUGCGGAUGAAGCGCGAGGCAGUCGAGCGUGAUCUGCAAUUUCUCGGUUUCAUUAUAUUUGAGAACAAGCUUAAACCUGGAACGGCGCCGGUUGUAGAAGCCCUGAGAAAGGCUCGCAUUCGAGAGGUUAUGUGUACCGGGGACAACAUCUUGACAGCUAUAUCUGUUUCUCGUGAAUGUGGAUUGGUGGAUCCUCACGAGAAAACAUUUGUCCCUCACUUUUUACCAGGUGCUCCACCGACAUCUGAGGAUGCGCAGAUCGUGUGGGAAGACGUCGAUGGGAGCGGGGCGACCUUGGAUUCGGAGACCCUUUUGCCCAAAACAGGCCCAAAGCCGCUAAGGAACACUUUGCCUUUGCAAAGCAUGCCAGAUUUCCUUCGCCAAUCUUCACUGCCGUCCUAUGAGGAGCUGGAUGGCGCUAGUUCGACGCGCAGCGACACGGAGGAAUUUAUUGUCGAUGUGAACUCCAUAGCGGCGAAAGUCGGCGAGUAUAACCUGGCGGUAACAGGGGAUGUCUUCCAAUGGAUGCUAGAGUUUGGUUCAGAUGACAGCUUCAACAGGAUGUUAGUGAAGGGUCAAAUCUACGCACGCAUGUCUCCGGAUCAGAAGCACUUUCUAGUGGAGAACUUCCAGGAGCUUGGCUAUUGCACUGGUUUCUGCGGUGACGGUGCUAAUGACUGCGGAGCGCUGAAGUCAGCUGAUGUCGGCCUGUCACUCUCUGAAGCCGAGGCCUCUGUCGCUGCUCCCUUCACGUCGCGUUCCACGGAUCUCGAAUGUGUCCUUCGCGUUAUUCGAGAAGGUCGGGCGGCGCUCGUUACAUCUUUCAGCUGUUUCAAGUACAUGGCAUUGUAUUCCCUCAUCCAAUUCACGUCCGUCUCCCUUUUGUAUUCCCUUGCUGGCAAUCUGGGAGAUUUCCAGUUCCUGUACAUCGAUCUUGCCCUGAUCAUUCCCAUUGCUGUCUUCAUGGGUCGAUCAGGCGCUCAUCCUCGGAUCUAUCGCAAGCGACCAACUGCAAGUUUGGUUAGUCGGAAGGUCCUAACGAGUUUAAUUUGUCAAGUUAUUAUUCAAGCCGCUUUCCAAGUUUGGGUCUUUUUGUGGGUACGCCGCCAACCUUGGUACCGGCCGCCUCGGGGACAUGUGGAUGACAAGAUUUAUACCGGUUACGAAAACACUGUGGUGUUUUUAUUAAGUUGUUUUCAGUACAUUGCGGUUGCCGCAGCUUUUUGUGUUGGGCCACCAUAUCGGGAGAGUAUGUGGAAGAAUGUACCCUUCCUUACUACGGUGACUUUGCUUGUCGCCUUUUCUACAUAUAUCACGUUAUAUCCAUCGCCGUUCAUCUCUAGUAUGCUGGAUCUCGUAGACAUUCCCUUCUCCGGACGAUUGGUUGUCUUUGGCCUUGGGGUGGCAGAUUGGAUUGUAACAUGGACUGGUGAACAUUGGGUGUUCCCGGCUGUGGCAAAGGCAAUAAAGGGUGCCGGCGUCGGUAAACGAGCACUGGUGGCUGGCCGUGGAGGCACAGCUCCUGGUGGGGAAGCUGCUGCAGCUCGGAAGGCGAAGAUGGAAGUGAAACGGGAGAGAUGGAGGAAGAAGGGAAAGAUCUACAAGCUUGUCAUGGAUGACAUGAAAACGGAAUCAUGCAAUGGGAUUAGCUGA